GGCAGACAUGUGGUUUACUGUGGAGUGUGUACUCUGCCGCCAGAGUACUGCGAGUAUGGAGGCACCGUCAAAAAGUGCCAGGAGUGGCUAGAAAAGAACCAGCCGGCUAUGUACGAGCGGAUAUGGUCCGCCGAGGCCCUCGAGGCGGCGGCCUCGUCCCUCUCCCUCGACGCCCAGAAGCGGGCGGCCAAGGACGCGCAGAAGAAGGCCGCCAAGGCCGAGGCCGCGGAGCAGAAGCAGGCUACCAAGCUCGCCACGAGCGUCGUCACCAUCAAGCGCAUCGAGCGGAACAAGAAAAAGUUUGUCACGGCCGUCAUUGGCCUGGAGGCGUUUGGUCUGGACCUGAAAAAGGUUGCCAAGGACUUUGGCAAAAAGUUCGCUACGGGAUCAUCCGUGACGAAGCUUCCGAGCGGUGGUGAGGAAAUCGUGGUGCAGGGAGACGUGAGCGACGAACUGGAAGAAUUCAUUCUGGAAAAGUACAAGGAUGUACCAGAAGACAAUAUCGAGCUAGUUGACGACAAGAAGAAGAAAUGA